GCUGAAGAGGCGAUGGUGGGCGAUCGGGGAAAUAAUUGGACGAUGGACUGGAUCAGAUGAAGACUGUCAUAGCAGCGAUGAAAUUGCGGUGGCAAUGACAAUGGAAAUGGCUACAACCUCAUAAGCAAUGGUCUUUGCUUCUUUUGCUGGCUACCUUGAGGCCCUUACUGCUGUGGUGUUUCCCCGCUGUGGAGAUCGGUGCGUUUUCGAGACAUCCCUUUUCCAGAAGCCCCUGAAUUUAAUAUGGCGGCCACUGUCGAUCAGCAACUUAACCUCCUCUUGAUCAAUCAAAUUGGCUGACCACCAUGUCUUGGAUGUCCUUAGUCAUGUUCUUGGGGUGCAUUGAAUAAUAUCGACUAUGCAGCUACUGUUCUUCUAGACCUGCUGCCGGAGCACUUCCCUUCCCCGUUUCUCCAAUAAUCGAAUUCCACCCCCAGAGGCGAAAAUGUCCACCACGCUUCCUUAUCGACCCUCCGACGAUGCCUCCCCCGGUUCCAAAACCAGUGCAUUGCCCCGAUUGUCUCCCUCGCCCUCUGUUCUUAAGCGAUCGCCCAGCAGCUCCAGGACGUCAUUGCACCGUCGCUCCUUCGGCAAUGCCCCUCAAAGCUAUAGACCGCGACGACACAAGUCACAAUACCCCCUUGAUUCGCCGGAACGCCAUGUGGAAUACAUCCUCGUUGCCUCCUUCCACAUCGACCGGGGUCCGAUCAUGGAGCACCAGUACCCUGCCGCCAUUAGUGGUGACGAGAGUAUGUUGGCAGAACUGAUGCUUCCGGACCAGACACACGUUCGCAGCCAGGAUUGGACAAUAUUCUUCCUGCACAAAGAUACGGGCGCGGACGGUGACGAUGACUCCAUAGACGGGAAAAAGAAGAAGAGGAAGUCGAAGGCGAGGUACCAAGGGAAUGGGGAAAGCGGUCGCGACGAUGACGGCGAUGAAUCUGAAGAGGAAGAGGAAGAAAGCAGUGAUGAGGAGGAUGAGGGUGGCGAGGGACCACCGUUGAUGUAUGUCCUCAAUCUUGUAAAUACCAAGCAGGACAAUACAGUUAAACGAGGUGCGGUCGUCAAGGCCAUGGCAAUAUGUACGCGCCAUUCAUUUCUUCACAUAUAUAAACCUUUACUUCUACUGGCGUUAGAGGACUAUUUCAAGAACCCAUAUCCAGAAACGCUGGCGUCGCUUUACCAUGCGGUGAACUCCAUGGAUCUUUCCUUACUGCCUAAGCUUUCUCUCCUGGAGCGUCAGAUAUUACAGGCCAGUAAUUCAAAGGAUAUGUUCCUGGAAAAGUUCGAGCAGAUGAUCAAUCAACGAAUGGAAGAUGAGGGAGAGCCCAGCGAAGACGAAUGCCCACCAUCACCAAGGAAACCGAUACCAUACUCGCUCCCCCGAGAUACGCAUGAAUUCGAGUCUAAAGUCGUCUACAAUGAUAUCCCCAUCCCUGUCAAAGUCCCCACGGUUAUAUGGCCGGAGAUCGUGGGUGAUUUCUCCCUCAUUAAACUCAUCCAAACUUUCUCCGGUCCUCAUGCUACCUCACCUCAACCGUUCCCUGUCCAUCCUCACUUAACGAGCAGUGGCGCUAAUACGCACCCAAUUAUUGUUCUUAUCAACGCGAUGCUUACCCAGAAGCGCGUGGUAUUCCUGGGACACAAUCGUCCCUCAGGGGAGGUAGCGGAGGCCGUUCUUGCGGCCUGUGCGCUUGCAUCGGGUGGGAUCUUGCGUGGAUUUACCCGGCACGCAUUCCCUUACACCGAUCUAACCAAGAUUGACGACUUGCUGAAAGUUCCUGGCUUCAUUGCCGGAGUGACAAAUCCCACGUUCGCCAAUCAUCCCGAGUGGUGGGAUUUGCUCUGCGAUUUGCCGACAGGUCGAAUGAAGAUCAGUACUCAUAUCGAGCCGGCGCCCGUGACUGAGGGGCUAUUGUACUUCCAGCAGCAGAGUUCCUUCAUACCUAACAGUGUAUCUCAGAGCAAUACAGACCCUAGUGGAGACAAUCUCUUCAUGGACGAUAUCCACCGCAGUAUCACCAACCGGUAUGGGGAGAAUUCGAUUCGGGCAAAAUGGCGCGCUUAUAUCACGAAGUUUGUGCGGGUUGCCGCUGCUUUUGAGGAGACGGUAUUUGGGGCAUCAAACCUAUACAUCAUCGGCCCUGAUGAAGAGUUGUCCCCUGAUAGUCCAAGUGGUCAUCAGGCAGACCCUUUAGAUCCCACUACGCUGCGAGGACACGGAUACGUUUGGGCGGACGAAAUGUCCAAGCAACGAGAAUUGGCAGCCUCGGUAUCGAGGAUUGAAGGAUGGCGAACCACGCGAUCGUAUUAUUCCUUUAUCCAGGACAUCGCCGCCAUGUACUUCCCUGCCCGACCGAUAGAAAAGCCAGAUCUGCACCAUCACCACGACCGACUGCGAACCCUGAAACUAUCACAUGCUGAUGCAGGCGCCAUUUACAUUGCAUUUGCACAUGCCGUCAAGGACUACGCCGGUAUAUGCCAGCUUCUUACCGUGACACCAGAGAGUCAGGCAGGUCUUUUCUACCUCAGUAUGGGUCUAUUCCACCCAAACGUGACCGUCCGCGAAGCGACGGUCGACCUUUUAGAUCGGAUUGCGGUACACCCCGCAGGCCGACAUUUCUGGUCCCAGCUCGGCCGGUUUGCCAAGCUGGGAUACUUCCGAGUCAAACGCGAAAGGGACCCGACACAGAGUCCUGUAGCAUCCAGCCCAGGGGUUGGAUUGAACCCUCCACAAAGCUUGGUCGGAGUAGCACUGGGAGAUGGCCAAAAACGAAGCUGA